ACUUCUGGAAUUGCUUAAAGACUACAAACGCAUGACUGGAACUGGGAUGUGGGACUUCUGGUCAAUCCUGAUUGGCUAAGGGCACCUGUCAAAUGCUGCAUUCUCUUUGUUUAAAAAUUAACAUGGUGAUAUGUGGUAUAGCAUAUAACUACUGGGGAUGCUGUGAUUCGUGUUCUUGUAACUCGACUUAAUAGAAAUGCAGCUGUAAAAAAAUGUAUCAUAGCCCAACUCCCAGCAGCAGCUCUGAGCUCUAUUUUUUAACUGACCGAAAAUAGUGCUUCUACCUGGGGAAUCUGCUCACUGAUCUGUCCUUUGGACUUACGGCUUCCAAAAACGGAGAUAACCUCGAUGACUAGAUUGUAGUGCGGAGGAUAGAUCAUGGUCUUCUUAAGGGUAAAAACAGUCCCUAAGGACUGAAAACCUUUUAAAUUCACAUGUAUUAUUAUUAUUAUUAUUAUUUUACAAUAAAGGUGACAUAAUUUAUAGUUAAAUAUGAUUAAAACUUAUUUAGCUGUGUAUUUGUUUGACACGAGCGAACUGUGCUGUGUAGGCUUACUGUUCUCAGUUUUUUUUUUUAUAAGAACCAGAUGUCAUCAUUUGUCUGUGAUGCGAUUUUACUUAAGACACCUUUGGAAUAAGUGCGAUACGCUUUCGGUUCGCCAGUAUGAAACCAAUUGGUUCAUCGAAUUUAAUGAAGUGUGGCUCUAAAGCAUACUUAAUUUCAAUUGAGUUUGGCACGCCUCUGGAGCAACCGUCUGAAACUGGCCUAAGUAUCUGUGGCAAAGUGGUGAAUAGUUACAGAUGUGUGCAGUGCAGAACGGAUACAAAAUACACAGACAAUGAUUAACAGGUGCAAGGGUGUUUAUUGUUUUCCAAUGUCCAGAGCCUUAGAGCAGACACCUGUAAAUAAUAAAUGUUGUAAGUAAUACAGCGGCGUGUAUCACUCCGUUUGUAAUCCUCAGGUUUGACCCGAAACCAGUAACAAAAAGUCCUGUCCUUUCCUCACCCACACGUAACACAGAACACAAAGACACAGUGUUAUUUUAGUGCGUGAAACUAGUGCUCGUGAUGAAAAGACGUUUGUGAAACGGAAUUGCUGGUGUCCGGGUUUGUUGCUGGCCUGCAGCUGCAGCUCCGGAUAGUGUUUAGUAGACUUUAGAAACAAAAACAAACAGUUAUUACUAAGACAAACAAACAAACACAACACUCACUUUUUCACUUAAACAGCGGUCUCCUUCUAGGUUGUUCUAACCAUUUACCAAGGAACAGAUCACGUACGUUAUGUCCCCUAUUUAUAUCCUCGCUCAUGACCCCUAAGUUAACAAGCGCAUCCGCUCCUCCAAUCCUCGGAUGCCACACCGUUUACCGUCGGGGUCAUUCAGUUUGGAUACCGUAGCUCCAUCCCUUUCCUAAAUGACCGACUUCCACCUACCCUACGGAAUAAAUUGUCGUGCCAUUUAAUUAAGGGUACUCUGUUCCCGUUACACAGUGCCCUCACAGGUCGAGAGGGAGAUCUAACACCAAUAAUCAUUAGAUCUCUGCCACAGUAUCUUACUUUCUUUUCAAAAUCAUUUAAGUAAAUAACAUUUCAGUUAGAAAAAGGACACACCUCCAGCAAUAGCAAACCAGUAUCUCUGCUGACGGCAGGAAGUUGCGUAGCUAACCUAAUGCAGACUUAGUUGCAUUUUUCCUCCAAUAUAGGUCUCUGCAAAUCAUUACAGCAAAGCCGUUAUUACAAGGAAGAAAAAUGAAUCUGGAAUCAUUUGCGUGAAAGUCACAUUUUUAAGCAGGGCACUGUAACUGAACCAUGGCAACUGCAGAUCCCCAGCUUUCUGAGUUGAUUGAAGAAGAGUUUCUAAAGUGUAAGAUCUGCUUUGAGCUGUACAAGUCUCCCCGGAUCCUGCCCUGCCUGCACUCCUACUGUGAGCAGUGUCUGGAGAAGCUGUUGGAGAAAGGGAAAGGCACUAUCUACUGCCCUGAGUGCCGAACAGAGACACGCAUUCAGAGCAGCGUCAGAAACAUCAAAACCAACUUCUUUAUAAACGGCCUUCUGGACCUGUUUGAGUCCAAGAGGAACAAGGAGGCGGUCUGCUCUGUGUGUGUGUCCUUAAAGCAGAGCCCUGAGGCUGCCUCUUCCCGCUGCCUCGACUGUGCUGACUUCCUGUGCCGUUCCUGCGCCGAGGGCCACCGCUGCUCCAAGCUCACCCUCUCCCACACAGUGGUGAGCCUGCAGGACUACACUGCGGGGAGGUAUGAUGAAGAGGCCCGGCUCAGGCAGGAGCAGCACUGCCGCAGCCACCAGGACACACUGAGGUUUUACUGCAACACCUGCUCCACACCCAUCUGUAGGGACUGUCGCAUGCUGGAGCACUUUUCACACCACAUCCUGGUCAUGGCUGAUGCUGUCAAAGCCAGGAAGCCACAGGUAGAGGGUCUGAUCAGCAGCUUGGACAACAACAUAAAAAGCAUUGGCCAGCAAGAAGAGGCUGUGGACUCCAUGAUAGGACAGCUAAAGGAAUCCCAAAGCACUAUCCAGGACUGUGUCUCAAAGUAUGUCUCUGUGCUUGUAGAACAGCUCUAUGCUCAAAGGGAUUCUAUUUGUAAAGAACUAUCAGAUUUUGUUCAACAGCAGGAGAAGAGCUACCUGAGCAUUAAAGAGGCUCUCCACAACCACAUGGACUCUGCUCAGAGCACCAAGGACUUCUCCAGGAAGGUCAUGGAAAUGGGGAAAGAUUAUGAAAUUCUCCAGCUGGAAGGCAUGAUUCAGAGUCAUAUUAAAAGACUUCAGGAUCUCAACAUCCCAGCAGCUGAAGGGAAAAUGCCACAUCUGGUUAUAAAGGAAGGCCUAAACAAGGAGAGCGUUGGAAAACAAAUGUUUCAAUUGAGAUUUGAACCCCAUUGCAAUAGUUCAGGAAAUCCUCCAACAGUGGUUGUAGCCGACAUCAAACCAGAACCUCAGAUAACUGUUCAGACACAUGCCACCUUUGUUUGUUCAUUUGACACAAAAGAUAAUGAAGAUGAAUACGCUACAAACAUAACAGGCAUUGCCAACUUUGAAAACGGGGAUAUUGUCAUUGCUGAUGAGAGUAACUCAGUUGUAAAGGAAUUUAGGCAAAAUGGGAAGACAUUAUGUGACACUUAUGUGUCAGAGGAAUGCUGCCCUUGCAGUGUCACUGUCUGUGGGGAUACAGUUUAUUUUUCUUCAAAAACAAAGAUUUAUAAGAUCACAGAAGACGGCGAUAUAAUUCAAAUAAAUAAUUUGCGUGGGUCACAGACCAGUUAUCCCAUUGCCUCAUACAAGGGCAAGUACAUAGCUGUGAGUGAAGGGACGUUAUGCACCUUGUCUCUAUACGAUCCCAAAGGCUUGCUCGUGGGCAGAGUUAGACCUAAAGAUUAUGGCACUGGGAAAUUCAUGUUUCUGGCAGUCAACAGCAGAGAAGAGUUUAUCGUUACAGACACUGCUAAGAAAUGUAUAGUGGUUUUCACAAAGACGGGAGAGAUCAUCAAUGUGUGUACGUCUGCAGGCUCAGAUCAGUUUGUCCCUUUCAGUGUCUGUGUUGACCACAGGGACAAUAUAUACGCUGUAGAAAGUGGGAGGAUCAUUCAGCUUUCACCCAAAGGAGAGUAUUUGAAAGAGGUGGUAAAUUUCAGAUGUCAGUCAUUCAGACCGAAAUUAAUAACUUGUAGUGCCUUUGGACAGCUUAUAUUGACUAAUAAGGAGGGAUUCAUCAACAUUUAUAAACUAAGUUAAUGUGGUAACUUUGGCUACCACAUUGUCAUUUAGUUGUAAACAUGUAAACUAAACGACACCGUUUUACAAGAAAAAAAGCACUUUUAUAAAAGAAUACAUUUCAAAUGAGCAUUAAACAUUAUUUCACAUUUACUAUAGUAGUACAUGAUUGUGGCAAGAUGAGUUACGUGUGACGUCAGACCAGGGAGGAGACAGACACGGUACUGGGCUAUGGAAGCGCUGAUGCGUGAGUUUUAAUAAAACAAAGAUUUAAACAAACACAAAACACUGGUACAAACAAAACAGCACAGUGGCCAAGACAAACAGACAAACAGACACAGAACAGAUCAAGUAUGGUGCUGGUCUAAAACAAACAGACAAACAGACACAGAACAGAUCAAGUAUGGUGCUGGUCUAAAACAAACAGACACAGAACAGAUCAAGUAUGGUGCUGGUCUAAAACAAACAGACAAACAGACACAGAACAGAUCAAGUAUGGUGCUGGUCUAAAACAAACAGACAAACAGACACAGAACAGAUCAAGUAUGGUGCUGGUCUAAAACAAACAGACAAACAGACACAGAACAGAUCAAGUAUGGUGCUGGUCUAAAACAAACAGACAAACAGACACAGAACAGAUCAAGUAUGGUGCUGAUCUAAAACUAGAAGGAGUAGCAUUUGUUGUAUUUCUGGGGCUGUAUUCACAAAGCUGACUUAAGUCUAAGACCCCAAAAUGGGCUUAAGUCGCUUUUGCUGACUUUGUUAUGACCGAGUCUUAAGUCCAUUUCAUGAAAUGAUUUUCUGGGGGGGGGGGUCUUAACUUAGACCAGCGUUUCUGUCCUCGCGCAACGUCUUCACUAUCUUCCACUCGAGAGAAAGCCGUUGCCUGAGGGACAGAUUGAUCAUUUUCAUAAUUUUGCUUCUUCACUGGGACUUAAGAAAAUUCAUUAUGUCAUGUAAAUAUAUAAAUGUAAAAUGUAUAUAUUUUAUUAUAAAAUGUCAUAAUUUUCUAUUAAAAAGAUAUCAUUAUAAUUAUAUUUAAAAGUAUGAAUUUACAGUGGUUAGGUUAUAUACACAGAUAUAUCAUCACAUGUAAUUACAGUGAAAAAAAAACAAUGAAUUUUAUGUAAUUUUUAUGUGUAUUGUAUUCAAUGGAAUAUGUGUUAAUAAGGUAUAUUUAAAAAAAAGAUCUGUCUGUCUAUCUUUCUAUUUGCUUUUAGAUGUGUAUCCCUUUAGCAAAGACAUUCUUGAUAAUGAGUGGAUGCAAUUUGUAGAAACAGGAUUUAGUUUCUGGUAAUGGAGUAGCCAGGCAGAGGGGAAACAGGUGAAGAAACAGCAGUAGAACAAACAAAAAAGGGUACACAGGUUGUAGAUUUGUUGUUUUUUGUUUUAUAGCUGUGGAAAGUUCGAAAUACAUUUUUGCUAAUCUAGUACUUAGAAAAUGCUAAUGAAGUCUUUAUUAAACGUAGAUUUACAGCCUUAAUUAUAGUUAUAAUGAUAAUGGUAUGAUCUACAUUGCAAUAACAUAUUCAACACUGUAAUAAAAAUAAAAAAUAAAACACCUGCAACAAAGCUGGAAUUGCAUUGCUUCAAAUCACCUGCAACAAAGCUGGAAUUGCAUUGCUUCAAAUCACCUGCAACAAAGCUGGAAUUGCAUUGCUUCAAAUCACCUGCAACAAAGCUGGAAUUGCAUUGCUUCAAAUCACCUGCAACAAAGCUGGAAUUGCAUUGCUUCAAAUCACCUGCAACAAAGCUGGAAUUGCAUUGCUUCAAAUCACCUGCAACAAAGCUGGAAUUGCAUUGCUUCAAAUCACCUGCAACAAAGCUGGAAUUGCAUUGCUUCAAAUCACCUGCAACAAAGCUGGAAUUGCAUUGCUUCAAAUCACCUGCAACAAAGCUGGAAUUGCAUUGCUUCAAAUCACCUGCAACAAAGCUGGAAUUGCAUUGCUUCAAAUCACCUGCAACAAAGCUGGAAUUGCAUUGCUUCAAAUCACCUGCAACAAAGCUGGAAUUGCAUUGCUUCAAAUCACCUGCAACAAAGCUGGAAUUGCAUUGCUUCAAAUCACCUGCAACAAAGCUGGAAUUGCAUUGCUUCAAAUCACCUGCAACAAAGCUGGAAUUGCAUUGCUUCGGUUAGCUGAUGGAGAUAGAUCGGUAUGUAAAAGAUUUGUUAGGGUUUCAAUUGACCGUCUAUUAAAACGGCACUAAAAACUUGCAAUUGGGUUCCCCUGUCUACAAAAACACACUUAGGGCAAUUCUCAUCUGAAUGAUCAUCAAAUAAAUCAUAUACUAUCACCUGUCAAGCCAACUGGAACUUGCAUGCCUGUGCUGGCAAGCAUGUGAAAACGAACUGAACUAGAGCUGGUCUGCGGGGUUGUGUUAUAAUGAACCUGAAGGCCAUUGAGUCAGUUUGUGAAAUUACAAAAAUAUACCAGAGAACCGUGACACAGACUUGUCAGCUGCUUAAAGGGUACAUAAGGACCUUUUUAUAUUUUGUUGUGUUACAUGUUCCCAUGUGUUGCUACAACUGUUUACGUAAGGUGUGUGUAUUGUUUUAAAUUUUUUUUUUUUUUUUUUUUUACAUUUUGACUACUUUUUUUGAACUUUUAAAUUGCAUUCCCUGCCUAAGGUGGCUUCCCUUGUACCUGCAUGGACCUCUCAGAACUACAUUUCCCAUCAUCCUCCUGCACACUGGUAAAUCCAUCUCAAUUACAUAUGUGAGCAGGUGGAUGAUGGGAAAUGUAGUAUUGAGAGGUCCAUGGUUCUUAUGUACCCUUUAAUGUUUGUUUAUAGUUUAUGGAUUUUCUAAAUGUUUCUUAUUAGUAACGAAAUGGAGCCGUUUACAUGUUUAAAGGUGGUAGGGUUAGUGGUAACCAUGGAAAUUAUCAUGUCAACACUCCAAUUUGUGAAAUCCAACCAAAUUCAAAGUGUGUACUAUAGUCAUCCCAAUAAUUCAAGCUUUAUUUGUUUGUAUUAAUAAAAUACAGUUUGAUAUUCAUUAGACUUUCUUUGAGCCUCUUUCAAGAAAACAGUCUAUAACAGAUUUUUUAAUCCAUAUUUUAUUCAUUGAAAAAUCACUCUUCAGAAUUUUCUGACUAGAGCCCAACAUUUUGUAAUGUUUUUUGCAUUAGCUUAUGUUAAGAUUUCUAGCAGUAUAUAAAACAUACUUUUCAUCCACGCUUGUGUAUGACUUUUGAAAUGCUAGCUUUCCUUGUUUUGUGUUUUAGCUUCUUGUAUAGUAAGCUCUUGUGUUUAGGGUUUUUACUGAAUCUACAUUUCCAAUGGGUAAAGGGUCUAAAUAGCAUAACUAUCCCUGUGGCUUUAAUAGUGAAUGUACAUGACAAGAAGGAUACAUUAGAUAAGCUAACGCUGAAAAAUAUUUCUGGGGAGUGCACAAAAUACUGCAACACAGCACUCACUUUUUAGAGUAACAUAUUCAUUUGAGCUGCUUCAUAUUUCUUGUAAUGUGUAGGACUUGUAACCCUGGGCUUCACUGAUAAUGACAGCUAUUCUCCUGGUUCCCAUUCUGCAUAAAGAGAUAAAUAAACAUUAUAUAAAUAUGUCCAUGAUGAUGUAAUAUACUUAGAAUUUGAAU